AAUAAAUCCAGCGGACGGCGGGUUGCGACGCGACAGACAACCGCGCCCGCGACACCCCUGUCGCCGCCCGCACGGGCGUUCUCCACAGGAAACUUUUGAUUUUUUUUCCCGCCUCGAUUGGGCCGUCACCACCACCCACUCUUCUGCGCUCAUCAGGCAACAGCAUCGUGCUCCCAGCCGUCCGCAGCCCUGCCGCUCCUCUCUGGACACGUCUGCAUGAGCCCUUCAGCAUGCCCGCCGCCGUAGCCUCGCGCGCCCGCGACUUGGGCAGAAGCGCGCAAUCGAGCCGGGAUGCACGCCCGCCCGCGAAAAAGACGAAGCUCGCGCAGCCGCCCGCUGCACCCCGCCAGAACGGCCUGAAGGCGCUGCUCAACGGCGCAGCGGACAAAAGGCCAGCUGUUGCGGCCGAAAUAAAGAGCGUCAGGAAGAAGGACGCAGUCGACGAUGCGACCGCAGUAGUGAGCGGGGGACAGGCCGGUCAUGGUGACGUCGACAUGGAAGCUACUGGCAAAGAGGUCAUCGAAAUCAGCAGCGGCGAGGAGGAAAGCGACUAUUCCAGCUCGGAAGUCGAAGAGCAGGCCGGCGCAGACGCCGGAGCGCCGGAGGUGAUCGGUGCAGCGCCCAUAAUAAAUGGGCACAUUGAUGGGGAGGAGCAGCCAAUCGAAGACGGCACUGCAGAGCCCGAAGACUUGUCAUUUGAGAGCCGACUGCGAGCGCAAGAGCCCGAACCAGAACCAGAGCCCGCACGCGCACCGCACGUCGUCGACGUUGAGUCUGCCUUCGUUGGGCCCGAUGCAGACUCGAGAGCCCUGGCGACCUCGGCCAUCAACCAACCUCUAGCCGCCCCGUCAGCCACCUCGUUGGGUACCGUCCUCACGCAAGCCCUGCGAACCAACGACCAGGAGUUGCUCGAUUCGUGUCUUCGCGUAAACGAUGUCGAUACCGUGUACGCCACCAUCGAACGCUUACCCUCUCCGCUCAUCGGUACCCUCCUCCACAAGCUAGCGGAGCGACUCCACAAGAGACCGGGACGGCCGGGGAUGCUCAUGGUCUGGGUACAAUGGUCACUCUCAGCCCACGGGGGCUAUCUCGCUACCCAGACACACCUCGUGACGCAGCUUGCCACGCUGAACAAAGUACUAAAGGAACGCGCAAGUGGUCUCCAACCUCUGCUGUCCCUAAAAGGAAGACUCGAUAUGCUCCACGCGCAGUUAGAGCUCAGAAGAAGAAAUCAGAGAAGGGCUGCGCAUGACGACAUGGACGAAGCGGUGAUAUACGUCGAGGGCGAGGAGGAGCCGUCUUCAGCCGAAGAAGACGAGGAGUCAGACGGUGCCAGCCACUCUCCAAUGGGAGAUUCGAGGAAGAGAAUACGGUCGGGGUUUGAUGAUGUGGAUGAAAGCUCGGUGGACGAAAUGCCGACAACAAUGGAGGUUGACGAAGAGUCUGAGGAGGGAAGUGAAGAUUCAGAAGAUUUGCUCGACGAUGAAGCCGAAGAGACGGAGAAUGACACGGGGGACGAGAUGUCUGAGCCGAUGAGCGACGAUCUCGAAGAUGGCGAAGACAUAUCCGAGAGCGAAGAAGAGUCGAUGCCGGCCAGACGGUCCACAACAGGUCGUGCCGGGCUUGCGCGUCGCUAUUAAAAGGAGUCGGAAAGUUUAAUACUCUGACCCAUCAGCAUGUUUCGGCAGCGUAUGAGCAUGCAUGCUGGGCUGGUCUCCUUUAUUACCAUUUACAAAAUCCGGCGGUGCAUCUGGCGUCAAGAAGAUAUCAGUCCAUGAGGACUUGAGUGGGCUCAUAUCCUAGUGUUAAGUAUCUGGCAUGGAGAUCGAUCCUUCAUCACAAUGUUUCCAUCCAUUAGUUCUUGUGCAUAGCGUGGGAAUAGACGGAAAUGACUCCUUGCGUG